CCUUGCCGGCUACGGCGGCGCCGCCUUCGAUGCCAGCCUGGCAGUGGUGCUGAGCGGCCGCCCGCCCAUCUCUGCCGGCAUGCUGCUGGGCGGCAAGGCGGGCGGCACUGGCGGAUGGGCGGCUCUCAACCCCUCUGCGCCCGACGCACCGCAUCUGCUAGUCCCGGGGGUGCAGCAGCACGCCUGGGUGGACUACGACGCCUCACUCACCUCCCUCCGCCUCUUCCUCAGCGGCUCCUCUCCCACCAAGCCUGCAGCUCCGGUGCUCUCCGAGCCUGUCGACCUGGCUUGGGCGCUUGGCUUGGCACCAGAUGGCAGCUGCGCGGGCGGCGGGGGCGGGGUGGCGGUGGGCGGCGGUGGUUGUCUGUUUGUGGGGUUCACGGGAGGGACUGAAGCAACGGAUGAAGCUGAGAUGGCUGCAGCAGGGAUUGCAGAGGGAGUGGCCAGUAGAAAGAAUGUAAUGCAAUUCAGGAUUCAAUCUUUCAAUUUUCAAUUUCACACCUCUGCUGCUGUUUUUGCCUCUGCCGAUGCUGCUGCUGCCACAGCUGAAGCCACCAGCCUGACAGGCUUGACCGAGCCAACAAGCUCGGGAGCACCGAACGUGUUCCUAGCUUCGGCUGACAGCGGCAGUGCAACGGUAGCUUCGUUUGGAGCCACAGACCCCUCUGCUGCUGCCACAGUUGAUGCUACAAGCACCGGCUCACGUCUCCCCCGCUCGGCCGAUAGCGCCAGCGCAACGGUGGCUUCAUCCGGAGCCACGGACCCUUCUGCUGCUGGUGGCGACCUCUUCUCCAUCGCCUCUCUUGAUGCUGGUUCCGGCACUGCUGCUGCCACUGCCACAGCUGCUUCUGACCCUCCCCCCUGCAACGUCACUGCCACCAGCAUUUCCUGCGUUGGCUUCUCCUCUUCCUCCUCUGCUUCUCCCGGUCUCUCCUCGCCCUUCUUCGUCCUCUCUGGGGAUGCUCAGAUCGGGCCCGGACCGAAUUUCCCCAUCCGGCUUGACACAACCACCAAUGCUGCUGGCUGCGCUUUUUCCAUUCCGAGCCUCAGCCUCAGCCUCGGCACCGAGGCAGGCGGGAGCGUUGGUGCAGGACCGGUGGCGUUUGAGGCGGAGUUAUCGGUGUCGUUUGCAGCGAGUGCGGAUUACAACAGCUGGGGCAGUCGAGGGCUGGCGUUUGUUCUCACUGCCGGGGAGAAGACGGCUUGUGGCCGCAGCUCUGCCAGCAACAUAGGCUAUGGAUCAGCUCCCAACGCGUCCUUUGCAAAGAGCAUAGCGGUGGAGCUGAGGGCGCGACCGACAGCGUGUGUGGCGGUGGUGGUGGGCGGGCAGGUGGCCGGCGACAACUGUGCCGACUCCGAUGCCAUGGCGCUGCUGCCCCCUGAACAGGUAACACCUGCUCAGGCGUUCACGCUGAACGAGCCGCAGCACGUGUGGGUGAGUUACGACAGCAGCAGCGGCGCGCUGCAGGUGUUUGUCUCACCCGGGGCGGCCACCAAGCCAUCGGUGCCCGUGCUGGUGGCGCCCAUCGAUGUGGCGGCCGUGCUGGGCGGCACGACGGGGCUGUCGGUUGGCUUUACAGGCGCGUCGUGGUGGACGUGGGUUGACGACCUUGAAGACCACAUCAUCCACUCUAUGAAGGGACAAGUCCGCCACGCCCUGAGCGGCACGGCGGGGCUGUCGGUGUCGGAUGGCUUCACAGGCGCGUCGUGGUGGACGUGGGUGGACGACCUUGAAGACCACAUCAUCCACUCCCUCUCCUUCCAAGCUGGUAACCACAUCAUCCACUCCCUCUCCUUCCAAGCUGUUCCCCCCGGGUCCCAGCAGUCACUGCCGCCUUCCCCUGCGCCCACCACGUGCCACCUCGCCCCCUCCAACACACGUCUCACCUGCUCGGGCUUUGCGGGCCACUCAGCAUGGCGCCUCAACGGAUAUGCCCACGUGGGGCCCGCCCCCUCCUUCCCCCUCGUCCUCGACACCGGCGGCACCGCUGGCAGCGCACUCACCCUCGCUGACCUGGCGCUCUCGUUGGACUCGUCCACGUCAGCAACAACAACAAGAGGAGCAGGAAAGAAAGCAGCAGGAGCAGCGGCAUCAGCAGUGGCGUUUGAGGCGGCGUUUGCGUUCUCGGUGUGGACGGAGACGUCGUAUGGCUACCGGGGCAGCAGAGGGCUGACGUUUGUUGUCACCAGCGGCGAGAAGACUGCUUGUGGGUCGAGUGCCAUGGGAGCCAUAGGGUACGGGGGAGCGGCGCCAGGGGCGUUCAACGGGAGUGUGGCGGUGGAGGUGCGGUCGGGGCCCACCUCGUGUGUGGCUGUGGUGGUGAAUGGCAUGGCUUCAGGCGACAACUGCGCUGCUGCUGACCACAUGACCGGCCUCACAGGAGACCAGGUCGGUUCAGUGCGGUGA